AAAUGUAAUUAGUGGAAUCCAUAUAAAAGAUCUUAUAAAAUUCUCUCUCUCUCUUCCAAGUUUCAACCACAAUAAUAGGAGAGAGAUGAUCUCAAGCUUAUACCAUCCAAAAAUAUUAGAACUCUUUUUUAUGACUUUACUCUUCAGUGAAGACAGAGCUGAGUAAAAGAGAUCACUUUUUCUUUUAAGGGCGUUUCCUUUUUCUUCCCAUUUUCUCUCUUACAUUCCACAAUAACCCCAAUUAUCAUCAUUCUACAAACCCUUAACUCUGUUAUUGUUCUAAGUCUCCAGAAAGAAGGAAAAAAAAGCAAUCAUGGGAUCUGAGGCAGAGGCAGAGUUUCAGUCAAUACCAAAGCUACCCCUUUUUUCAGUUCCGCCAGUGCCGUCGCCGGAGCAUUCCGGAAUGCUAACGCCGCCGCACCAGACUCAACUUUCUGUUCCUUUCAGGUGGGAAGAACAGCCCGGUAAGCCAAGGCCUUGUAUGGUUCUGGCUACGCUCUCAAAUAUUAGUGAGUUUGCGCCAAAGUGCUUAGAACUCCCACCAAGGCUGUUGCUCGAGACCAAACUGGCGUCUCCCACUACAGUCCUGGAGGGGCCCUAUGUUGUGGGUGGUCGGCCCAGGUUUCAGUCGUCGUCGUUUAGGAUGAGCGGCGAGAGUUUUGGGUCGUUAAGUACAGAGAAAGGGUCGCUUGGGGCAAUGAUCCUUAGCAAGAGAGGGUUCAAGGUCAGGGGCUGGCUUGGUUCGUGGCGAAAGAGGGUUUUCUUGAAGAGUAGUAAAGAGGUCUCCAAGGGCAGUUAUGUCUUUCCAUCUUCUGUGGACAGAGAGAGUGACAAUGGCAGUGGUGUUGGAGAGAGAACUGAGGUGAAGAUCACAGGUAUUAGAAGGAGUGCGAGCUUUUCAAGUCUGACAUAUCCCAGGUCUCGCUUCUGGGCAUCCGUAUGUGAAGGGUUGAAGCAAGCGGUUCCAUGGAAGAACAAGAAAAUGAAAAAGGGAUUAUGAAUGAGUCAAGAUGAAGAUGACUUUUCUAUGAGUGGUCUAAGUAUCUGAGAUGACCAAAAUGGUCCUAUAUUUUAUCAUGCGAUGUGAAAUGAAGAUGACAAAUACUAUUACUAUACAUGCUGUAAUGCUUGUCCUCUUCUUAUGGUGUACCACUGUGAAGUUUUUCAGUGGGUCUAUGCUCUGUAGACUUGGCUAUUUAUUUGAUGUGUAAAUUAAUGGACUAAGUCCACUGGAUUUGGGUAUUGGUAAUCCAAUUGUCUAUAUCUAGAUAUAGCAAAUGAUAUGACUCAUGUCUACUAAUGGUACAAAGUUAUGGUGCUUUAAAGCUAAGUCCACCGUCCACAACAACUUUUAGGUUUUCUUUUUCUUUGGCGUUGGUUUUGGUUUUGGCCGGUGUACAGAGUUUGAUUAAUUCAAUAUUUGAAAAGGAGAGAAGAGAAGGCGAGGGCGGGCGUGGUCACCACCACACGGCCCCCAACCCGCGGGGAAAAUACGGCACAAAGACCUCUCUCAUAGGUCACAUCCCAUAUUCCCUCCAUUUUGCUGUAAUACAAGAGAAACAAUAAUUGUUCUAUUAUAUAUGGUUAAUAUGAGGAUCUUAUAUUUAUUUA